AUGGAUGAAGAAGUCAGCACCGUCAACACGCCUCGCAACACCGCAACUGCCACCACACCAUCACCCAUCGACACAGCCAUGUCACAAGACAUCAGCCCAAUCCUCAAGGCGCUGCUCGUGGACCUCGCCGCUGAGCUCGUCGAAGCCAUCAGCACCCAUCUUGACAUCGCCGAGGAUUUCGGCAACUUCAGGUUGACCUGCCGCUAUCUCAAGAAGUGUGCAGGGAAAGUCUUCGCAAAGAAAUUCUUCACCGAGAGGACAACCAAUCUCAGCCAAUGCGGCCUUGAUCGCCUCGCCAAGAUUUCUGCCCACAAAGAGUUGUCCGGCAACGUCCGCAGACUUUGCAUUCCUGGAACGCUCGGCGCAGACGAAUUCUCCAUGACUCAAAGCCACGGAGCUCAAAUUCGAUGCCAGCUUUUGUCUACGGCAGUCCGAGGAUUUGCGGACCUGAAGGAAUUAGAAGUCGAUCCCGAUUAUCUCCUGUGCAUGCAGUCUCCCGGAACGUCGUUCGCUUUCUCAGUCCUUCUCCAAGCUCUUGGUCAGCCUGACUGCGGCGUCGACACUCUCCGUAUAACCGGAGCAAUUGAUGGCUAUACGUUCGAGCAGCAGCAUCUUUUGGCCCAGCACGAGUUUUUCAAGAAGCUCGUGGUUUUCAGCUUUUCUGGGCAUUGGUAUGAUGGGCGCCGCUACCACGACAAAUCGACGCUGUCUCAAAUUCUCGCCCAGUCAAAUCGCCUGCUCACUUUGGAACUCAGUGGGGGGCUAUCUCGCCACGGCAGGAGUACGACGCAAGUUUUAAAAAACACUUUUCCAGCGCUCAAAGCUCUGAGCCUACAGGACUUGGUCGUAGACUCGGAUGAUCUGCGGUCGUUCUUGGCACGUCACCAAGACACACUCCUAAACCUCGACAUAGCCGCCGUUCUGCUUUCAGCGCAAGACGACUGCAUUCAAGAGUUCCUCCUCAAGCCGGAUCAUUGCAUUGUAUCCGCGUCAAUCAGCGACGUUUGCGCGAGCGAGGGCCUUGAUUAUUUGCUCCAUUUCAGUGUUUCGGACGGACCUUACGAAAUGUACUUGACGCUGAACCUGGAUGACUCUGAAAGUAUUCGAGAGGUCUUGAAGGGCACGAGUAUUGCCUGGCUGGAAGACGACAGACUUUAUUAG